GUAUCCUUCCCGCGCAAGAAAAUUCCAGCAAGAGGCUGCAGCUGGGGGAAUGGACGGGUGGGAGGGCCAAAUCGACGUCGACGAUUCCGAUCUCCAAUCUGUUCUCCGUCCUCCACUCCAUCAGUCCUCUUGUCCGCCCCACGCAAUACUCAACCGUCUCCAGCCCUGCUCGCAAAUUUCUUCCUCUUUUCAAACCCUAGACCGUACUCGCUCUAUCCCUCCUUUUCAAUCCCAACUUCCUACCAAUAUUUCUGAGAUAAAUCAAAACGAAGAAGAAGAGCAUCCCCUCAUUCCCGGUCCCGCUGGCGCUAUUCAGGCGGCCAUGCGCAGGCGAUCCGCUGCAGCUUGUUCAGAAAGGUUGCUCCCAGAAGGGGAAGGAAGUGAUGAUCUCGAUCUGUGUGUAAACGAAGAAGAUGGAGAUUUCAAGCUUAAGCCUUGGCUGUAUGCCCUUAGCUUUCUAGGCCUAGGUAAGGACUCGAAUUUGCCGUACCCGAUCAGUUUGAUCAAUGCCCAGCGGAGCGGUACCCAAAGAAUACCUCAGGUGGUAGGCAUUGUCAAAUCCUGUACACCAAAUGGGCUUGGUGAUUUUUUCAUAACACUGAAGGAUCGAACAGGCACAAUUGGCGCAGCUAUCCACCGCAAGGUCCUGUCUGAAGGAAAUAUUUGUAGGGAAAUUUCGGUUGGAUGUGUUUUCAUUCUGAAGCAG